CCGCGAGCGCUUCACCAUGGCCGGUCCUGUUUUCACCUUAUAAAGAUGGCGGUGCGGGAUCGCUGUAACCUUUAGACUAAUGACUGUCCGAAACAUCGCCUCCAUCUGUAAUAUGGGCACCAAUGCCUCUGCUCUGGAAAAAGACAUUGGUCCAGAGCAGUUUCCAAUCAAUGAACACUACUUCGGAUUGGUCAAUUUCGGAAACACAUGCUACUGUAACUCCGUGCUUCAGGCCUUGUACUUCUGCCGGCCCUUCCGGGAGAAUGUGCUGGCGUACAAGGCCCAGCAAAAAAAGAAGGAAAACUUGUUGACGUGUCUGGCAGACCUUUUCCACAGCAUUGCCACGCAGAAGAAGAAGGUUGGCGUGAUCCCACCAAAGAAGUUCAUUUCGAGGCUGAGAAAAGAAAAUGAUCUCUUUGAUAACUACAUGCAGCAGGAUGCUCACGAAUUUUUAAAUUAUUUGCUAAACACUAUUGCGGACAUCCUGCAGGAAGAGAAGAAACAGGAGAAACAAAAUGGAAAAUUAAAAAAUGGCAACAUGAACGAACCUGCGGAGAAUAAUAAACCAGAACUCACCUGGGUCCAUGAGAUUUUUCAGGGAACGCUCACCAAUGAAACUCGAUGCUUGAACUGUGAAACUGUUAGUAGCAAAGAUGAAGAUUUUCUUGACCUUUCUGUUGAUGUGGAGCAGAACACAUCUAUCACCCACUGUCUAAGAGACUUCAGCAACACAGAAACACUGUGUAGUGAACAGAAGUAUUAUUGUGAAACGUGUUGCAGCAAACAGGAAGCCCAGAAAAGGAUGAGAGUCAAAAAGCUGCCCAUGAUUUUGGCCCUGCACCUCAAGCGAUUCAAGUACAUGGAGCAGCUGCACAGGUACACCAAGCUGUCUUACCGGGUGGUCUUCCCCCUGGAACUGCGGCUCUUCAACACCUCCAGCGACGCGGUGAACCUGGACCGCAUGUACGACCUGGUUGCAGUGGUGGUCCACUGCGGCAGUGGUCCUAAUCGUGGGCAUUAUAUUACUAUUGUGAAAAGUCAUGGCUUCUGGCUUUUGUUUGAUGAUGACAUUGUAGAGAAAAUAGAUGCCCAAGCUAUUGAAGAAUUCUAUGGCCUGACAUCAGAUAUAUCAAAAAAUUCAGAAUCUGGAUAUAUUUUAUUCUAUCAGUCAAGAGAAUAACUUAAAGGACUGUGGGACUAAUUCGAGUGGGGAAAUGUUCAAAGCACUCUUACCUGGUUUCUCUGCAGACGUCCCUUUUCCCCAGCGGCCCACCAGCGGCGUGGCUCUGAGUUCAGGGGUCUGGCUGUGUGACUCUCCCCCUUCGUUUUUCUACAUGCAGCACUACUUGUGGUUUUAUGUUAGUCUGAGGUAGAGUUAACUGCAAUCAGAUUGUAGUGAGUUUUAGAUGAAUAACAUUUGCUAAUUUUAGGAUCAGGUACAUGCCAUGCCACUGGCUGUGUCUGGCUGAAUUAGAAUGACAUUUCCUAUGAACGUCGACAGUCUUUUGGGGGUCUUUGCUCAUCUUCCUAAAUGGCUUCUGGGGUCUCCUUUCAAUGCAUUCCUUUAACUUGUCCCUGGAAACACUGCUUCCCGUUUUUAGCUUCUCUGCCUCUUUUCUGACGGAAGGACAGAAGAAUGGGGUAGAUGCUCACCUUUUAGAGCUGCAACUAUAGCUUUAAGUUUUGCCAGUGAAAAUGUUCAAAAGUGAGUAACCUCGAAACUGAAUUCAUCCUCCGGGUGGAACAGGGUGAACAGGAGCCGUUCACGGUUGCUAGAGGCUGCCCCGGGCUGAGCUCACCCAGCCAUGAGAAUUCCAGAGGCUGAGGAGGUGUGGAGCUCAGGGCAGGCAAAGCCAAGAGGAGGUAGCUUUUGUGCACAGUGGAAAGUUGCUUUUCUUAUCUUUCUACCAAAACCAAGUUUCAGGAAAAUAGCUCUAUGCUGUUUGUUUUUAGUGAUGCUUUUCUUCUGUCCUGUGAGUUGUAUCUCCUUUAUCCGGCGCCGCUAAGCUUCCCAAGGUACCUUUCUGAUCCUACUGGUGUUUCACAGUCAGUGGUGGCAGGGCUGAGACACCACAGGGACUGCCUUCCGCCCGGCUCUCCUUAGCUAGGCAGCACCAACACCGUCCUUUCCCAGGAAGAACGAAGGCUCUGCACCUUUCCUCCCAUCAGCCGCAUUGUACAGCUGUUCACGUUUUAGCAUUUCAGUCUGUGUAUUGAGGCCCUGGCAAGUCCCAGGGCUAACAUGGAACCUUCCUUACAGGAGAUACUGGAGUUAGCUGGGGAUGCAGGUGGGUCAAAGGAAGUGUCAGUGGGCAGGUGGAGGGAUGAACAAAACGGUGGCGUUUCUUUGGCUCAGACUCCCAGGAUGCUUGACAAACGGAGUUUUUUGGAAGAACCUCAUCUCACCGUAGUUACUUAUUGUUACAUAUGUAUUUAUUAAAUCUUUUGAGUAUUGGCACCUUUUAUUAAAAGGGUCGAUACAGUGUUUUGCUGUUGAGCUGGUUUUUGGUUUCCUACAAAUGUUAUGAGUUGUAGAUCUUGGCUUCCUUUGGGAAGACAGUUGACUUCCAUACGCUAUAAUAUACUGUGAACCUGUUAUUUUGUUACCUAAUAAAUCCGCGAAGGAACAUGCAGACUUGUGGCAUAAUGUGAACUAAAAUUGAAAUUGAAAAUGUUACUGGCCAUUUUGCAGCAAUUAAGAGCAUAGCACUUUAUCUAGAUGAAAACUGGAUUUCUUAUCUUUGAAGUAUCUUGAACUGUUUGUUGCUCACAACUUACAUAAGCAUGCCAACACUUCAUCUGUUCAUGCUUGAAGUGAAAUGUUUUACCUUUCACUGGAGAAGACAAAAACAGGGUGAUCUCCACGUUAUUGUUUUAUAAAAGUAAUAAAAAUAUACCUUGCCUUGUUUAGAGGUGAAUUCAUAUUUAUAAAUAUUUUGUCUUUUUUUCCUCCACAAAACUUAUGCAGUAAUGGUGUACCUGGAAGGUGUGUUUUCAUUCUUUUUUAAGGAGAGACACUUUCCAGUUGAAGGUGACAGAUACAGGGAGCUGUCUGUACUAUAUACAUAAACCAUAUAUUUGACUGCAGGUUGCAAAGUUUAAAAAAACGCUGAUUGAUCCCUAAUAUAUUUGGAACUGAUACAUGAGAAAAACUAUUAAAAUUAUCUUUGAAAUGA